AUGUCCCUAGUUGGUACUUCCAAUGCCCCCACGCCAAUGACCUCAUCUUCUGUGGGAAACCAAACAAACACUGGUAUAGAUACUUCUCCAAGAUCUACAAAUUCUCCUUCCAUAAUGCCACAAUCCACUGCAACUACUUCUGUGACAACUACAACAGUCACUGCACAGCCAGUACUUCCUGAUACUACUCAGCAACAUUCCACAAUUCCUAAAAAGAGAACUAAAGUUUCAAGGGCGUGUGAUCAAUGUAGAAAGAAGAAAGUAAAAUGUUCAAGUAAUGUAGAUCCUUCUAAUUCUUUGGCUCCCACUUCUUAUGCAAAUGGAGCUUGUUAUAAUUGUAUUAAAAAUGGUGAAAAAUGUACAUAUCAAAGAGUUCAAUUAAAAAGAGGUCCUGUAAAAGGCUAUAAUAAAGUUAACAAAAAUAAUAAUAAUAUAAGUGCAAACGCAAAUUCAAAUUCAAAUGCAAGUACUCCAUCGGUAAUCCCAAUUGAGAAAAAAAAUUCAACUUCAAGUGAAAGUGUAUUGCCUAAUACAAAAGGUAAUGCAACAAAUGUAAACAUGAAUUCUUCUGUACUAUUACCUCCCAUCACUCGAUAUCUAAAUAAUAGUACUACUAACAACACUAAUAAUAAACAAGAUCCUUCUAAUACGCAAUCAGCAAAUACUACUGAUACCAAUGUAACUACUACUUCAAAUACAACUACAACUAAUAAUACUUUGAAGAAUAUAUCUGGAACACCAACUCAAUCAAAUCCAAUAAGUACACAUUCCACUCCUACUAGUGCCACGACUAAUACAAAUAUAAUGAAUUCUCUUGGUUAUUUUAACAAUCAAAAUUCUAUUAGCAAUACUUCCACGAAUAACACUCCUGGACAAAUUUCUGUAAAUAAUAAUAAUAAUAAUAAUAAUAAUAAUAAUAAUAAUAAUAAUAAUAAUAAUAAUAAUAAUAAUAAUACUGCUACAGCCACUACCACUACCACUACAAUAACAUCAAAUAACCUAAAUCCAAAUAGAUUAAGUGGCGGUAAUAGCCAAUUAACUAUGGCAAAUCUAGGUUCACAACAAUUUUGGAAAGUACCUUAUCAUGAAUAUCAGAAUCAACGUAGAAAUUCUGUAGAUUCCUCAACAAGUGAUGCUCAGUCAUUGAAUAGGCAUAGCGUUACAAGUUUAACAUCAUCACAGCAAGAUCAAUUGUUAUUAAAUUAUAAUACUACUCAACCAAGCAAUCCUUUAUUUCCUGCAAAUAUAGCUCAACAACAACAAUGGUCAUUUUUAAAAUCUUCACCAAUAGAUAAAAAAUCAAGAUCGAAUUCAAAUGCUUCAAUACAAUCUACUUAUACAAAUGAACUGAAAAUUAAUAAUACAACAAAUCAAUUAUUAUAUCCAUAUUCCCAAUUUACUCAACAACAACAAAAGCAACAACAACAAUUUUCACCACAACAGUUUAUGCAACAACAAUUUAUUCAAACUCAACCUCAAUCAUCACAACCUCAACAACCCCAACAACCCCAACAACCCCAACAGUCCCAACAGUCCCAACAGCCCCAACCAAUACCAUCCAACCAAAUACAUCCAUCAAUAACAAGCAAUGAUGGUCAUACCCAUUCAUUGCCACCUUCCAAUAUUUAUACUGGAUUCCGUUCUAGAACAAGUUCUGUUGUAAGUGAUACAUUAUCGCCAGAUACCCCAAAUCAUCAACCUUCGUUACCUAUUCCAUUAUCACAAUCAGCAUAUCAUCCAUUAUCAAAUACAACAUCUAAUACAUCUGACUUUUCUAAAUUAACUGAAAAAAACGAUAUCGGUAAUGCUUCCAAUUCCAAUAAUUCAUCAAAUCAAUUGUCUGUAACAAGCCCCUUAGUUCCAUCAGCUCUAAGCACAAGAAAACGUUCAAGAACAAAUUCUGAACAAGCUAGAUUUAAUUCUAAUUUACCUCAUCAAAAUAUCACAAAUUUAAAUCCAAAUAAAAAAAUGUCAUUCUCAAGUCCAAUGAGAGCACCAUCUGUUUCAUCUGCCAUAUCUGUAUCUGAAGGUGCUGGUUCACCUGAUGGUUUGCAUAUUCAUCAUGGCAUUUCUAAUACUUCCCCAACUACAACUACUACGGUUAAUAUUAGCGGACCCUCUCAUAAUAAUAAUCAUAAUAGCAGUGAUAAUAUUACUUCCACUAAUAAUGGUAAUAAUGUCAACGCUACUAGUGCACUAAAUCAAGUUCAAAGUUAUCCACUAAAUCCAAGUGCAAAUAAUUAUACCAGUUCAUCAGAUAUCGAACUAAUUGAUAAUUAUUAUGAAUUUGUACAUAUGGGAUUCCCAAUUAUUCCAUUAAAUAAAGAAACUCUAAUGAAUGAGAUUUUAUUGAUUAACAAUCAACCAAUAUCUGAGAUUCAUGAGAUUAAUAAUGCUGUAAUAUAUUGUUUUAAAAAUUCUUUAACUUUAUUAUUUAAAACAUCAUUAAAGAGGAAUAACCAAUCUAGUAAUAUUUUUGAAAAUGAAGAAUCUAGCUCUGAAGUUGAUACCAUUUCGAAUAGUAAUAAUAGCAAUGUUAAUGCAGAUCCUACCUUAUCUAAUAAUAAUGAAACUGAACGUAGAUCAUCUCAUAAUUCAAUAAAUGAUUCACCUGAUACUCAAUAUCGUCGUAUGGAAUUUACUUCUGAAUUAAAUCAAUGUUUUCAACAUCUUGUUGAUUUACAUCCAAAGAUGAGAGAACAUAGAAAUAUUAUUUCAUAUAAGAUUAAAAUCAUUUAUUUAUCUACAUUUUCCAUUUUAAAUUACAUUUUGGCAUUUGUUGGGUGUGAUAAUUCCUUUGUAUUAGGGAUGUCGGUUACAGUUUUCCAUGAAUUUAAAGUUUAUAAACAUCUUUUAUUGCCAGAUGAUCCUGAUUUAGAUGAUGAAUUAGAUGAAACCAAUAUUGAACCACCUAUUGAGGAAAAUGAAAAUGCAAAUAAUAAUGAAAAUGUAAAUGAAAUUGAAACGGAUGCUGAUAAAGAUAAAAACAGUAACGUAAGUAUUGAUAGGCCUAUUAAAAGCUAUUGUGGAUUAGAUUACCGAAUUUUAUUUAAACGGUUAUAUAUACUAUUGAUAAUAUUUGAUUCAUUACAAAGUUGCUCAUACGGUACACCUAAAUUAUUAAAUAUUCCAAUAACUGGGUUAAUUGAUAAAUGGUUUAGUAAUCCUAAAUGGAAUUACCAAAGACAAAGAGAGCUGCGUAAUGGGAAUAAUGGAAAUGCAGAGGAAGAACAAGAUGGUGAUGAUGAUGAAGAAGAUGAUGAUGAUGAAAAUGUAUUAUUUAAUGAAGAGUUGGUAUUAAAAUGGUGUGUUGAUGAGAAUGCAUUGCGAUUAAAGAACAUUUUACAAUCUUUAAAACUGGGUGAGACUUUAACUGAAUUGGCCUUGAACCGUUCUACUAUUAGACUAUUAUCUCAGCAUAAUCUACGUAUAUCAUUUUUAGAAUCACAAGAUAAGGAACUUCAAGAAAGAAAUGAACUAACUAUGGAAAAGACAUGUUCACAAAAUUCAAUCUAUUGUGUGUCUGGGUUAAUGAAUGUAUUAUUAUUAAAGAAGAAAAAAUUCUCAACCAUUUUGUUAAGAUUAAAAGAUAUGAAUACUCAAGAAUUGAUUGAAUUAGAUUUCGAAAAAGCCGUGACUUUAACAGAAUCUUUAUCUAGUAUCAUAUCCUUAAUUUUACAAAUUUUAACUUGGAUGAUGAGAUUAAAUCCGACCAAUAGUAUUGAUUUCAGCCAUCGUCCACCUCUUAUCUCCAAUAGCAUGUCUCAUAUGAAUAUGAAUUUAAGUAGCAAUGCUUCCAUUAAAAGCAAUAAAAGUAAUUCCAGUAAUGCAAGUGUGAAUGGAGAGGGAUUUUAUAAAAAAUUGUUGGGUUUCAAACAACAGCAAGAAGAUUUGAAUGUAAUGUUUGAACAUUCCCGUGGUAUCAUUUAUCCAUUCACCGUGUCUAUGUUACAUGAGAUAUUUAACAUUACGGAAUCUAUAAAACAUUUGCCCACACUCUUGAUUAGUCUUGUCAUGACCACACCUAAAGUGAUUAAUAAAAAACCUGAUACUAAUAGUAAUAUGAAUUCGUUGAAUAAGCCACAAGAUUUGGUAGUGAAAUUAUCAAAUUCGAUGAAUGAAGUAGUUCAAAUCACAAGUUUACUAAAUAUGAUCAAACCUUUCCGUAUGUUUGCUCAUCAUAUCUCGAAAAGAACAAGAAGAUUAUCUACCGAUGUUGAUUACUUGAGUAAUUCCAAUACGAGUACCACACGUUCACGUAACAAAAGCCUGAGUAAUCUUUCAAAUACUAAUAGCUCAAUUACGGAAAAACUGUUUGGUAAAUAUAAUGAUACCUCCUUAUCGUUGAAGAAACGAAACUCGAUCAUUUCAAUGACUCAAGCCAACACAAAGGAUGAUAACUCGAAAAAUGUAAUGGAAUCGUUUGUGCAAACCGGUUGGCAAUUGCUCGACGACUCAGAACUGGGCUGGAUCUAG